UCAUCUUUGCCCUCCGCUCUUCGUCUCUCCUUCGCCGCUCUCUUCGACCGCCCCAUCAUUCUCUCCAUUCUCUCCCCUUUCCAACACUUAUAUUCCAUCUCAAGAUUCCUUGAUCCGACCAGCCGAAACCCUAACUCGCGAUCCCGUCGCGAAAGGCAAGAGAGACAUGGACACGGAAGGGCUCUCCAUCAUCUGCGCGGGGAUCGGGUACGCCGAUGAGGACGAGAAUGGCGCCAUAAUUGGUUACGCCAAGGGCGAAUAUUGUCUAGAUAAUUUGAAGGAUCUGCAGAGAUUUUUGAGGCGGGAUGAUCCACGGCAGCGAGACGUGUUCAAACAGAUUUGCAAAUGGAACACGGUUUCACGAAAUUUGGUUCCUCUUAUAGAAUAUUACCAGAGCGAUCGGAAUUUGGUAAUCAAUGCUGUCAAGAUUUUGGUGUUCCUCACAAUGCCAAUAGACCAUUCGUCUGAUGGUAUUGCACAGCAGAUAGAGUAUCUGUGGGAUUUAAAGGCUGCAUUGACACGUCCUGUCACAAUAGCCGUAAUAGUAUGCCUUCUUGAAGAUCCAUUGGACCAUUUAGAAUGUAAAACAUUCACGGAUGAUGAUUGGAAAUUGGUUCAGCUGGUGCUUACAUUGUUCCGAAAUGUCCUAGCCAUCCAAGAUAUUACACUGCAACAGAAGUCAUCUGGAUCUUCCACUCAGUUUUUCUGUUUGACCGAUAGAUUUUUGGAGCUCAUGUUUCAAGAGUAUGUACUGGAUCUGAUCUUAGUAUUGACGCAGCAUGUUGAUGGUUGUUCUGGCUAUCUUCAGCAAGAUAAUCUUCUUCUAUUGGAAACAUUCUACUAUAUUUUUCUGGGCCGGGAACCAGAGCUGAUAGCCAAAGUUUCUAAAAGAAGCUCUAAGGUCAAAGAAGAUAUCACAACUACUGUAGAUUCUCUCAGGACAAUUAUGGAUGAGGAAGAGGAAAAGAGAAGAAUAAUCAGGCUGAGGAACUUGGAACGGCAUUCACAAUUCAGCGGAACAUUUACUCGCCUUGGCGUGGAUGGAUCGAAAACCCUAUUUAAACGUAACCCAACUUCUGCUUCUGAAAAUGGCAUGGUAAAAGUUCAUAAUGUUCAACGUGGUCCAUUAAAGAGGAUUGCUUGGGACCAUGACAACUUGCCUCUGGCAAAGGAAAACAUUACGGAAUUGCUGUAUGAAUUCUUGAACCAGUUUUUGUCAGGAGGUUAUAAUGUUUUGAUGCAGUCCAUUCACGAUGAUAUCAGUAAGGAAUGCCAGUCCAUUCAAAAAACUGAUGUUAUGAUGUUUUUUGGAGUUGCUAAAUUUGUUCUAGCCUUCCAGCACCAGAAGAUCCUAAUCUCAAAGGAACCUAACAUGGAGGAACCCAUUUCUGAUCCUUCACAUGAAGAUGAAUUUGCCAAUAACUUAUCAUUCCAUGGGAAUAUAUGUGGACCAGUUGCGGAGACCAUAAAUGAAGCCAUGUUUAAUUUAGUCAUAUCUAAAUGGCUUCAGGCUUUUGAUAGCUUGAAAGAAACUAAUGACUACAAAUCCCUAUCAGCAGCUGGUUCUUUGUUUAAGAAUAUGAUUCGCAUGUUAGAUUUGGUGCUAAGAAUGUUGCCUGAAGAUUCAAAGGAAACUCAAACUGCUCGUGUUCUACUAUAUAAGUUGUUCUAUGAUCAGACGGAUCAGGGGCUGACUCAUUUUCUCCAAAAUAUGUUCAGAUCUUUCAACACCCAUAAACAACCUAAAAGUGAUCUUGCAGAUUUGUUGGAAAUAAUGCAUGUAGUGUUACGACUGAUGGAAAAGCUUCAAGCACGAGGUACACUAAGGGUUGCUAGAAAAUCAAGGAAAGGCAGAAAGAAGAAGACAAAUACAGAGGCCAAUAAUUUGGGAGAACAUGUGAAUCCCAAACAUAUUGUUGCUCAAACAGAGGAGACUGGUGGGCAUUCAAAUAAUCUGUCAAAAGAGCAAUUAAGAGAGCUAAGUUUAGCUGAUAAAGUAGGAGAUAACCAAGAAGGCACUUUUAUGUCUAAUGAUGCUGCAGUGCCUGAUGCGUCUGUGCACAACAUAAGACACAGUGGAGAUGACAUGGUAGCUUUAGGUGGUGAUGUGGUGAAUACUAAUUUCAUUGAUCCAGUACAUGAACCAACAGACUCUUCCAGCGAUGAUCAGCUGCCUGAGACAAACGAAGUGGACUUCAAUAUAUCCAAAUUGGUCGCUACUUUUGCAAACAAUUAUGUUGUGCACAAUUUAUGCUGGUUGCUGAAGUAUUAUAAAAGCAAUUCUGUGAGUACAAACCACCACAUCAUCACCAUGCUGCAACGAAUUUGUGAUGAUCUGGAUAUUUCCCCAAUGCUCUACCAGUUAUCGGUCCUCAGGGUAUUCUAUAAUAUACUAGCUGACCAAAAAUCAUCAGCAUCCAAGGAAUAUGCUAGUAUUGUAAAUUUUCUCACUAAGUUUACAAGGAAAAUGCUGAAGUUAUUGAAAGACCGACCGUUGCUUUUUGUUGAAAUGCUCUUCUGGAAGACACGGAAAGAAUGUCAUUGCAUCAGUGCAGAUGUUCUAAUGUCUGGCCUAGCCAAAAGAGAUUCGCAUACUGAUGAAGUUGUUUUGACAAAUGAUAUAGGAUACAAACAGAAAAACAUAGCAGAUUCUCUUGGUGAUGAUGAAUUCGUGAUACCGUAUGAUCUCAAUAACCAGAGGGAUGAAAAUCCAUUUGAUGUGUUUCAUGAAGAUGAUUUGUACAAAACUAAGCAACAUGCUAGUGAAAAGAAUGUUAUGAGAUCCAUCUCUAAUGAUGAUGAUGAGAUGGAUGUAAGCAAAGGAACAUCAUCUAGAUUUCAGAGGACAAAAGAUUUCAAAUGGCAGAAAAGUUAUAUAUUUGACCAAAAACAAGAGACCAUGAUAAAACAUUUAUAUGAUAAAUACAAGGAUGAUAAAAAGUGCAGUCGUCUUAUAGCAGAAGCUUUAGACCCUGAAGGAAAAAUAACUGCAGUUCAGAUCUACUGUAAGCUUAAACAGCUUGGUCUACAAACCACGAGGAGUAAAAAGCUGGCAUGUGUUGAUGUGCCUUUGCCAGCUGGAGAUGAUCCCACUGAAGAAGCUGGUACUGCAUUUACCAUCACUCCAAAAGGACAUGAGAAUGACUCUUAUCUGAAAACAUCUAUCCGCAGAGGAAAGAGAGUACAAGCAUUCAGCAAAGAUCAGGAGCUUGAGAUCAAAAUCCUCUUUGAGAGGUUUAAGGAUCAUAAGAAUUGCAGUCAUAUGAUAGCCAAAGCUUUGGAUGCUGAUAAGACUUACACUGCUGCCCAAGUUUCCCGGAAACUCAAGCAACUAGGUCUGCUUGCUCCUAAAAAAUUGACCUCACCUGAAAUUGAGAAGCACUCGAGAGAUGAUCAAAACAAAGAGAAAGGACUGCAGUUAGAAGAGACGUUGUUUGCAAUAAAAAAAAGCCACAGAAAGAGGAAAUCCUUGACAAAGGAGGAUGAAUCAAGUAGCCCACCCCAGAAUAUAGAGCUGCCAGUGGAAGAUGAUUCUGGAGUUCUGAGAACCACGUCAAAAAAUCGAAGAAAGAGGAGGAAUAAGUCACCAGUAAAGGAGGCUACACCGGAGAUAAUUUCUCGGCAUGAUUCGGACGAGGAGGUUCUUGCGACUUUGUUCAAAAGAACGGAACGGCAACCUGACCAACAAUCCGCGGAUCAUGAAACGGACGGUGUUGGUUUGGACGAUGACAUGGACGCCGAACAGCAAUCCCACGAAGAUGAAAUUGGCGCCACCACGGCCACCUUCACCUCUGGUUUUGAUGACAAUAUGGAUGAGCCCAGCAAGGUGGGGGAUGGAGCUACAGAAGCUGAGCUGAUGGAUUACUUCGACUCGGAGGGUGAAACGAAUGCUACGCACCCCGCAAGUAGGAUAGGUCAUAAAAGGAAUCUUAAGCUGGUUAUGGAUGAAGACGAGGAGUAAAACAAAGAUUGCCAUGGUGCUUGCUACUUGUAAGAGGGACGGGCCAGAAGAAUCAGCUUAGUACCUUUCUUUGAAUACCUUCUCUUUUGGCAUUGGAUAGUCAAAUUAAAAAGUUAUGUAAAUUAAAUUCUA